GGUAGUGCAUCGGCCAAGUAAGCGUUUGAAUUCGGACACUCGCGGACAAUCAUGACGCGCCACUUGAGAGAUUGAUUCUCGCUGUGAUUUUUUUAUGCUGUUGUGAUUGGUGAUAUUGAUUAUGGAGUCGGAGCAGAUGAUCGAGAGGGCAUCCAACUCCGAGGAUUUGGUGCUGCCAAAACCGUCGAAUAGUAUUCCUAGGCACAGUAUUGAUGCGAUACUGGGGAGAGGACAGAGGAGAAAUCAGCAGGAGAUGGAGGAGGGGACUAGGGAUAUCCAGUUUCCAGGGAAGGAUACUCAAGAGAGUACUGGUGAGAACUCCUGCAAUUCAACGGGCGGUGGAAGUGACGAGGAACUAGGUGCCAAUUGUGAUGAUGUGAAUCCAAGCAAAAAGAAACACCGGAGAAAUCGCACAACAUUCACGACUUAUCAACUUCAUGAGCUUGAACGAGCUUUCGAGAAGUCACAUUAUCCGGAUGUUUAUUCUCGUGAGGAGCUCGCUAUGAAGGUCAAGCUACCGGAAGUCCGUGUUCAGGUGUGGUUUCAAAAUAGAAGAGCAAAAUGGCGGAGGCAGGAGAAAAUGGAAGCUGCCAGACUGGGAAUUGCUGAUUAUCAUCAUCAUCCAGCUGCUAUCAGAAAUCACGGAGCCCCAACACUAGGUCUUCCCGGCGAUCCCUGGUUGACACCACCAGGUCUGCUGACAGCCCUUCCUGGAUUCCUCGCAGCACCUCACACCGGCUAUCCAAGCUACCUAACCUCCCCAAGACGAUUGCCAUCACCUCCAAACGUCGCAUCCGUUGGCAACGGAAUUCCAGGAGCGUUGAACGGCGGUCUAUCUGGCAUAACCUCAGUCCCCCACGUACAGCCAUCACCGAGCCCACCAGGACACGAUCCACGUACAUCAAGCAUCCAAGCCCUGAGAAUGAGGGCCAAAGAGCACGUGGAAAGUCUCACCAAGGGCCUUCAGAUGGUUUGAAAUACGGAGAACACCGUUGUCUCUGACACACGGUCACAACUCUCCGAUAAUACAGAUCCCAUGUGACAGCUCUUCGAUCCACUAUCAUUGGAAAUUCAGGAGACGUUUCUCGAGUCAAUAGUUGCAAUGUGCAAUACAGAGAAACGGGGUGAAAAUAAAUUAGAGAGUAGCUCAAUUAAAUGAACUACAGUUUUGGUUAAUCUCGGUUGACAGGUGAGAUCUGAUGAUGAAUGUAGACAGCCGUGAUGAGAUACUAGUUGAAGAUUUGUUGAGUGUGUUGAUUAUUUCACGAGAAUGAAACUGAUUAAAAUCGAAUCGCUAUUAUUAGAGGAUCUAAAAUAUUAUAAAUAUUAUAAAUAUAUAAAUUUAUAUGUAGAUUACGUAGACGUUUGAAGUGGAUAACCGGCGAAUUCUAGAGAUUUAGACGGAAAGGCGGAUCAGACGGUGAAAUUAAUAAAAACAAAAACAAAGUGUGAGAAAUUGUAAUGUAACAUUGAGAUACAUUCACAUAACAAUAUCAUGCAGUAUUAAUAAGUUAUAAGGCGACGAACAAUGUGAAACGUUGAAAUUCUAGUGUUACGGUGAUUGACUACUUUCUUUUCCAUGAUUUAAGACCAAUUUAAUGAACAACAACCCUUUCAAUUUGUGUCCCAUGAAGUGUCGCUAUUCCAA